CGGCGGUCCUGGCGGAGUGUCAGGGGCAGUGGCAGGCGCAGCUGCGCGGAUGGAGCAAGGGGGGGGACUGCGCGCAGGUGGAGGGCGUGCGCUGCAAUGCGGCUGGCUUCAUCGUCUCACUGAACGUGACUGGUAAGAAGUUGGAGGGAACCAUUCCAGAUGCCAUUGGGAACCUCACCGCACUCACUCUACUUGGUCUCUCAAGCACCAAGCUCACUGGCUCUCUUCCAGCCUCCAUGUCUCGCCUCACCCGCUUAACAGAGCUAACGCUCAGUUUCAACAGUUUAUCAGGCUCCAUCCCACAAGGCAUUUCUGGACUGGCUGCCCUCUCACGCCUAUCUCUUGACAAUAACAAGAUUGAUGGCGCCUCAUCCAUCUUCCGCCUCUUCAAUCUCAACUUAUUGAAUCUUGGAAAUAACAAGUUGGAGGGCACAAUCCCCUCGGCCAUAUUCCACCUCACCAAGCUCGCCUUCUUGGACCUUCGAUGGAAUUUUUUCUCAGGCUCCAUCCCAGCAGCAAUUUCUGGUCUCUCUCUCCUCUCUUACCUUUCUCUUGGCGGAAACAGGCUCACUGGCACAAUCCCUUCGUCCAUCUUCCGCCUCUCCAAUCUUGCCCUGUUAGAGCUCCGUUGGAAUCAAUUGUCAGGCACCAUUCCCGCAACCAUCUCCCACCUAACUGCCCUCUCACACCUAGACCUCAGCUUCAACAUCAGAGUCACGGGCUCCAUUCCCCUCGAGAUGCAGAGCCUUACCAAGCUGCAAUCUCUAUACCUCAGCUAUAUGAAUCUGUCGGGUCCCUUCCCAUCCUGGAUAUCUGGUCGCACCAAUCUCAGAAAACUAGAGGCCCCGCACAACAGCAUCAGGCAUGGCAGCAUACCAGAGUCUAUUGGCAGCACCAUCCACCUUGAAGUCUU